UUAGUAGUAGUGGAUACCGUUAGUAAUAAGAAAAAAUUAUAGAAAUCCGUAAAGGGUGCGAUAUCAAUGUCUUGUAGUUGCUUCUUUUAAAAGGAAAAGAUUGCACAAAAUCCCUUGAAUAAGGUCGCGUUUGACCCACUUUCGAUCGUAUUUAACAUGGUACACCAACGCACUACCCGCCGAUCGCCCAGAACCCCAAAGGACUCGGGCACCGCGUCACCUGUGAAUGAUGAGAAUGAUUCAUCGCUUCACAAUCGACCGCAAGUGUCGAUAGGUGGGUUGCAAGGACUGGGAUUAAGAAGAACACCGAAGAGACGCAAGACAAGUCCGACAGAUGAUGACACUUCACCGCCAGUAUGCACGCGCAAACGGGCGCGUCAACAGUGUGGCGAAAUAGUCACGCCGUCUCGCAAACGAGACAAAUCACAUGAUACUACGGGAAAAUGCGAAGCUAUUGCAAGAAAUAUUGCCAGUAAAAAUAUGGAUGCAGUAUGUACGAGCGCAAGCAAGCGACAAGAAAUACAAAAAGAUGUACAAAUUGACCAACAGAGUGCAGCGAUGGCAGAUGCGGGUGGGCUGAGCGAUGGUGUGGGCCAGGGCGAAACUGUGGAUAUUCUCACGGCGAUGAAGAAAUCGCUGCACUCAUCGGCCAUCCCGGAUGCGCUGAUCGGGCGCGUAAAGGAAUAUAAACAGGUGCAAGACUUCUGGCACAACUGCUAUGCAAAAAAAUUAUCAGGAGCAUUGUAUAUCUCAGGGAGUCCGGGUACUGGAAAGACCGCCAGUGUGGAUAUGGUAGAGAAAGAAAUACACGCUUGGGAAAAGAAGCAGAAGAGGUCCAAAAGAAUGCUUGUGGUCAAGAUAAACUGCAUGUCCGUGAUAACACCGCGAGCCAUCUACACAGAGAUAUACACACAGAUCACGGGUGGGUGUGUACCAAUGGCAGGCGCCUCGGAGGCCGUAGAGGGUAUUCUUUGCCCUGAACCGGCUGACAGAGCCAAACUACCGAUGAUCACCGUAAUAGUAGACGAGGUCGAUGCGCUAUCCAGGAAUGACAAGAAUGUACUGUAUCACCUGUUCGAGCUGCCACAGCUCAAGCACUCGCGCUUAAUUCUCAUUGGCAUUGCGAACACCUUAGAUUUCACCGACAGACUAUUGCCAAGGCUAAGAGCCAAAUCUUGUGAACCGAUGUCAAUCGUUUUUAAUCCAUACACACGGGCAGAGAUUGUGGCCAUUUUACAAGGCAGAAUAUCAAGCGUGUCCGAACGAUAUGAGGACAAAACCGUUGUAGCCGACAAGAUGGCUGUGGAGUUCUGCGCGCGAAAAAUCUCAGCCACCUCCGGAGACAUUCGACAAGCGAUGGAGGUGCUGAGGAAAGCCGUUGUGGUGGCCGCUGAGCAGAGCAAAUAUAAAAUUAGCUGCCAAUCGGAAGGCACCCAGCCGACAACAGCUAGCACGCCGGCAAUAAAGGUGUCCGUUGGACAUGUCUUGGCCGUUUUCAAGGGAAACAGUAAUUCGGCUAUAGUGCAGAAAGUCAAGGGAUUGCCGUUACACCACUUGAUUAUUCUAUUAGUUUACACGACAUAUGUAAUAGAGAAUACCGCACACAAUGCAAAAAGGAUGACCGUGGGCAAGUUGCACGACACAUAUAGCAUAUGGUGCAGAGAAAAGAUCGGGGCGCCUGUAUCGAACACGGAUGUGACAGACAUACUCGAAAUGUUGCAGGGCAUGGGCAUUCUCGAUGUAGCCAGUCGUCCGGCGAACAUCCGGCAAAGGGAGAUCACGCUACGUGCUGACAUCAAGGACAUACGAAAAGGUGUUGCGCAUGACGAGAUCCUAAAGGGCCACAUCUUGGCAUAUGACCUGAAAACUGGCCGAACGCCACAGCCCACCACAUGAUCAGGUGUUCGGGGUUCGUAAAAGAUUGGAUUAUCAUGCGAAUGAUAUUGUAUGAUGCCAUAUUGGCUAUAAAUAUUCACGUAAGCGGAGGACGGACGUUCGAAAGCCUGAGUAGUCGUGCUGCACAGCGUGACCGUGCAUCAUAGUAGUUGAAACACGCCGUUACAAUCCAGCAGACUUUGGAUCUGAGGGCAGUGUGCCCAAACCACACGCCUAUCUACCGUGAAAUGCGAUCGCUGAUAGUGUAAGGAUAGUUGGCGCGGACAGACUGAAUGUGACCUCGUGAGCAAUGCGUGGGCUUGUCAUCGCAUUUCCGACAUAGGCCCUAUCAUGUUUGUGAGCGCAGAUGCGCUGUGAUACACAAUACGAUCCAAUGAGAAGCCGAGUCAUGUAUUGUAAUACUAGGAAGCUGCUGGUGGAUAUCCACCUUGUAUCCCAUCUGCAACGCAGUCGCCCUCCCCAAACUGGUACAAGGGAAUGUACGAGUGUACAAUAUCGGGUUUAAACCGCCGAACUUCACGACAAAGUGAUAGUGUACAAAGGAAACUAUUAUAUUUACAUUGUCUCCAAUUAGUAAAUAGUAAAGCUGAAGCCGGUUGUCAGUCCAAGGAGAUAAUCUACAAAAAAAUGAUCUACACAUUCAAUACUGCCCAACAAUUUGCAGAAAAUCCAAUUAUAAAUUUUUUAGGACCGGCCAUAUUAUAAAAGACCGA